ACGCAGUGGCUGAUCUAUUUUCGUUUCUCCCUCACAGAGCCGGUGCGUAAAUCCUAACCCACGUGGAUGUGAGUCAUGCUAGGGGUACGGUAGCGGCCCAGGCCGUUGGGUUUAUAAAGCAGAGUUUCAGAGACGGGGAACCUUUUUGAGCCGGUCCUGACUGCCGUGUGGAGCAGGCCAAACCACCUGUCGACCGCCGGGUCAUCACCAGACACUGUCGCAAUCGGUUGCCGUGCAAGCUCGCUGUAUCGAGGGUGGGAUUUCCGAAAGGGUUUUGAAGAGAUACGAUUUCAGAUCCAUCAUGACACGAACGGACGAUAAAGAAGAAUUGGUCGAGGAGCCGGCCGACGCCGGCACAGGCAUCCGUCCGAACCGGCUGACCAGCAUCAGUCGGGCCGCUGUGCGCGCACGCAAGUACUCGACCAGCAUCAAGAAGAGAGUCCGUAAGACGGUCGAUUCGUUCAUCGAUGGGGGAGAGCUGAAUGAGGAGGUGGACCCCUGGGCUCUGACGGAGAUAGAGCAGACCAGCGAACCAUGGUCAGAACUGACGACAAAGGGCAAAUUGUACCGUGUCCUGGUGGAGUGGAUCGGCAAGCCUAUCGCUAUUCUAAUCUUGCUCUACUUCUUCAUCUGCUCACUGGAUCUGAUGAGCUCCGCCUUCAGGUUACUUGGAGGGAAGGAAGCCGGGGAGGUAUUUAGCGAGAGCACCCUUCUCAACAACCCCAUAUGUGGCUUGAUGAUCGGCAUCCUAGCUACCGUACUGGUCCAGAGCUCCAGCACUUCAACCUCCAUCGUUGUCUCCAUCGUAUCAGCUGGAAUUCUGCAAGUGGAGCCGGCCAUUUUCAUCGUGAUGGGCGCCAACAUCGGCACAUCGGUCACCAACACCAUCGUCUCUCUGGCCCAGUCCGGCAACCGAAACGAGUUCCGUCGGGCCUUCGGAGCCGCUACCAUCCACGACAUGUUCAACUGGCUGGCGGUGAUCUGCCUACUGCCGCUGGAGUGCGCUACUAAGUAUCUGUACCACUUCACCCAGGCUAUCGUCGAUGGGUUAAACGUGACUACCACUGAGGGGUCCAAGGUGGAGCUACUGCGCGUGCUCACCAAACCCUUUGCCAAGAAGAUCAUUGACAUCGACAGUAAAGUUGUGGCCAAGAUCGCUCUUGGGACGAUCGAUCCAAGCGAAGCCAAACUCCUCAAGGAAUGGUGUAAAAAGGAGAAGAUAGCGGUGCUGGCUAACACCACUAUGCCGCCACCUACGGCAGCUGCAACGGCCGGGGUCGCUGGCUUUACGGAGAACCCGGGCAUGGUCACGGAGUACAUAGAAGUUGGAGUGGAGAGAUGUUCAUACCUAUUUGCCAACACCGGUUUGUCUGAGAGAGGCGUGGGCGCCAUUCUCCUCAUCCUGACGCUCAUCCUUCUAUGCACAUGUCUCCUCCUCAUGGUCAAACUCCUCAACUCCAUCUUGAAGGGCCGUAUGGCAAGCGUCAUCAAGCGGGUCAUCAACGCCGACUUCCCCCAUCCGUUCGGAUGGCUGUCCGGUUACCUUGCUAUACUGGUGGGGGCCGGGGUGACCUUCCUCGUACAGAGCAGCUCCGUCUUCACCUCGGCUCUGACUCCCUUAGUCGGUUUGGGUGUGAUAACCUUGGACCGCGUCUACCCGAUGACUCUAGGCUCUAACAUUGGUACCACGGCUACAAGCUUGCUCGCCGCCAUGGCUAGCUCAGGGGACAAGCUCAAGAAUAGCAUCCAGAUCGCUCUAUGCCACCUCUUCUUCAACAUCAGCGGCAUCUUGAUCUGGUAUCCAGUCCCCUUCAUGCGUAAGGUGCCUAUCUUCUUUGCUAAGGCACUGGGCAACACCACAGCCAAGUACCGCUGGUUUGCCAUCUUCUACCUAAUCAUCAUGUUCUUCUUGCUGCCGCUGUUCGUCUUCGGGAUGUCUCUGAUCAGCAUCUGGCUCCUGCUUGCCAUUGGCCUUCCCGUCCUCCUCCUCCUCAUCUUCAUCGUCAUCGUCAACAUCUUGCAGCACAAGAAACCCGAGGUUCUCCCAAAGAAGCUCCGUACCUGGGACUCUCUGCCCCUAUGGAUGCACUCCUUGGCACCCUUAGACCGUCUUAUCACCAGAAUCCUCCAUACCCUGACCCGAUGCUGUCCUUGUAAGAAGAGUCCUAGCGACCAAGACAAAGAUGCACUGCCUCUGCAUUACAGCACAACUGGAGAUUCUUCCAACGGCAAUCUUGCCGUUCACUACGAUGCUGUCAAUCAACGUACCAGUACGUUACCACUCAACUCUUCGCACACCAAUACGGAGACAAGAACCAGCGCAUUUUAAUCUACAACUUUAACAUCUAUCAAUGUUAAAGACAGGGCCCUGUAUUUAAUAUGGCUCUGCUAACUUCACAAUUAAUGGUCACCGUUCUGUGCUAACAGUGCUAGUCAAUGAAAAAAGUCAGAAUUUUCAUCUACGUUAAAGGGUCCAUGGAGUAAAUCUUUCUUAAGAAGAUAUUUUGUGCAACCAUGCAACCUUCUACUCCUCUUAAAUGGACAACUGAGGGCGCUGUUGCUGCUAUGUCAUUUCAGGAAGACACUGUCUGCAGUUU